AUGAAAGAAGCGAUAAAGCUAAUGGAAAAGAUUAUUGAAGCGGGCAAGAAUUACCAGCCAACAACCGAAAAUACCCAAUCUGGCGACAAAAAGCGGAAAGCGGAUGACGAAUUUGAAGUUCGCCAGGAAGUUGCGAAAAAAAAUAAAACAACCGGCGACGAGUUAUCCCGUCUAAUUCGCGAAGCCCAAGAACUCACUAAUUACCAAGAAUUGGAGGCCAAAUUAAAAGAGAUUGACAAAUAUCAAGGAGAAGUUGCUUAUAACGAACAAUACUUAGAAGAGAUAAACCAAUUAAAAAUUAGGUUAGGUAAUUUGGAUAAAGACAAAUAUGGAAAAAAAGUUAUCAAAGAAAUUGAAGAUAAAUUAACUGAAAGUGGUAUUAAGGAAAAAGAUUUGGAUGAGGAAACUAAAAGUGACUUAGUCAAAAUAAGAAAUGGUGAAAUUAAAGAUAUCAGCAAAAUUAAUGAAAUUGAAAAUAAAAUUGUUACCAAAACUGGUGACAAAAAAUCCACAGACAGUCUAAAUAAAUUAUUGGAGCAAGCUAAAAAAUUAGUCAAUGAUAUUAUAAAAGGAAAUGCUGAUUACCUGGAAAAAGAAUUGAAAAAAAUCAAGAAAGGUUUGUAUGAUUUCCAAUACAGCAGUAAUGUCUACCACAAUAAGGCUUAUCAAAGCAAAGAAAAGGAUGUUAAGUCUAUGCUAACCAAAUUAGAAAAUUAUUCAGUCCAAAGCAAUACUAAUCAACCUUCCAAAGAUCUCUUCCGUCCGGAAAUUAUUAUCCCCUUUUUUCUUUUAGCAGUCGUGGUAGUAGCCGCUAUAGUUAGUUCAGCCGAAAAAAAAGAUAUAACCAAUUACCUGAAGCAUUAUGGAUUUUUGUUGCCUAAUGCCGAAAUAUAUGGUGGUUUAGCCAAGUCCUGGGAUUUAGCAGAGUGUCGCCAGUGUCGCAAAAGAUAUCGGCUGGAUAAUUUAAUUAGUGCGGAAGAAUUUACGACUUUUUUGGAAAAGGGAGACAAAAGUAAUUACUUGCUGAAAGUUAAUUGCCGUAAUUGUGGUAAAAAUAGUUUUGAUCCUCCCCGGCAAUUUAACUUGCUCUUGACUACCAACUUAGAAAUUACGGAGGAGAAAGAAAAUACUGUCUACCUACGUCCCGAAACUUGUCAAGGGAUAUUUACUAAUUUUUUGGCUAUUCAAAAAAGUACUCGUCGGCAACUACCAUUUGGAAUUGGACAAAUUGGCAAAAGUUUUCGCAAUGAAAUCACGCUCCAUCAUGGUAUUUUCCGCACCCGCGAAUUCGAGCAAAUGGAUAAUAGCCACCGCGGCAAUUAUGAUUUGACCCAACAUAGUCAAUGUUCUGGAAAAGAUUUCAGCAUUAAUGGCAUUAUUCCCCAGGUAAUUGAAGUCUCUUUUGGCGUAGAAAGAUUAAUGUUGGCAAUAUUAGAAGACAGUUAUCAGAAAGAAGCAAUAAAAAAUUCUCGCGGUGAAGACAACGAAAGAGAAGUAUUAAAGUUACCUCCACUAUUAGCGCCCUAUUUUGUUGCUAUUAUUCCGCUCAGCAAAAAGGAAAAAAAAAUUGCUCAUCAGUUAUAUCUUGACUUACUUCCCUCGGUCCAUUUCAAUUUGGCCUAUGAAGAGGCUCCCAACAUCGGAAAGGCUUAUCGCCGGCAAGAUGCCAUUGGCACUUAUUACUGCCUCACAAUAGAUGAUAAAACUAUCCAGGAUAAUACCAUUACUCUACGCUACCGAGACACCACGAAACAAAUAAAGUUGGCGGCUGAUUUUAUUUAUGACUACAAGUCAGAAAUUGGGGAAAGAUUAAUAACUCCCACUGCGGAAGAAGUAAGUAAAUUAAUAUCAGGCAACCGAAGUCGCUUAAAAACUGUCGAAAGAGUUUUGAAUGACAAAGUAAAAGAUCGAAAAUUAAAACCUAGUGAAAAAGAAGAGGUGCGAAAAGAGUUAAGUAAAGUUAACAAAGAAUUGGAUAAAACUAUCCAAGAAUUUGAACUAGAGAAGCUAGAAAAAGAUGAUCCGGAAUUAUUAGCUACUAUCUACUCCCAAUUCUAUGAGCAAGGUAAAGUAUUGACACGAUUAAAGGUAAAAACAUCGGUUGACCGACCUUAUGAGGAGGCUAUGGAGGACGAGGACGUGUUGAAAGGGGAAACGAAGGAUGGUAGUUUAAGCCAUCUCGACUUAACUCAGCCUUUUCAAAUCAAAUUUCGGGGCUAUACUGGCUUCUUAAAGCCAGAAGACUCCAAAAAGUCUAAGGAGGGAACGGAGACUUUUGGUCUUACUCUUUCAGAAGAAAAAGUUACGAGUCGAACUUAUCAUGAUAUCUGUUUUGAAGAAGUAGUUGAAACUAUUGCUCACGAAUUGGCUCAUGCUGUAGUUAAUUCAAUAAGAACUUCAUAUGAAGGUGAAGAAAAAGGAGGACACGGAAGAUUAUUCCAUGACUUAAUGGAAAGAAUUGAGAAGAUGAUGAGAAAAACAUCUGAAUUUUCUGAUUUUAAAGAUUGGUGA